CCUUAGGGGAGGUAAAUAAAAGGUUUUGCCAAAGCACAGCAGUGAUGCAAAGUCUGGUAGGUGACUGCUCUCACCAGCAGCACACGUUUGUGACACGGACCUACAUGCCGGUCGGACUAGCGCUGGGAGCCGCGCACUGGGUUGUGUGUUGGACUUAUUGGAUUUGACCGGUGCCUUUAACUUGAGCCGAAGAGCUUGUGCAUAUAUUUAAACACACAAUGGUUUUAAAAGAUGUGGCACCUGUUUGCGAAUGUUGCAGAAAACGGGACUGCUUGCCUUGCUGUUGAUGGUGUUGGAGUGGACCCGGCCAGGCCUACCGUCCCCACUGAGGCCCAUCUGUGACCUGAGGGUCCUGAACCAUUUCAUCAAGGAAGCACGAGACGCAGAAGACGCUAUGAAAUCCUGUAGAGAAGGAUGCAGCCUGUCAGAAUCAGUUACUGUGCCCCAAACCACAGUCGACUUUGAAAUCUGGGAGAAUAAAAAUGGAUCGGAGCAAGCCCAGGAGGUGCAGUCUGGGUUAUAUCUCUUACAACAGGCCCUCAGCUUGCUACGGGCCUCAGUCACCAACACAGCACUGCACAGCCACAUAGAUAACUCCCUCAGAAACCUGCUCAGCAUCAAUGCUGUGCUGCGUAGCCUCAACAUCCAGGAAUAUACCCCACCAGCAAGUGUAGCAGAGCUGGAGGGAACAUGGCGGGUGUCCACGGCAACAGAUUUGCUUCAAGUCCAUGUCAACUUUCUGCGAGGCAAAGUGCAGCUCCUUCUUUUGGAUGCAAAGGCUUGUCAGCAAGACGUCAGCUGAUCACCCUACUCUAGACAAAGCUGAUUUGUGUUUCCGAAGGCAAGAGAAGGGACACUGUUGACCUGCACGCUGGCUGCUGGAAGCAGUGCGGACAGAGAGAAAAAUGCAGCUGUCCUCACAUACAGGGAGGAAGCUGGAAGGAGAGGACGGUCCCAGCUAAGCUUUGGAUGGACAGGAGAUGAUUGCACCUCGGGAUGCCAAUGUGAAACAUGGACAAUUGCAAAGCACACACUGACCAAGAUGAGGCCUGUGUGAAGCACUGCUCCAAAAGCUGUUCUUCUGGCACUCUCUUGCACUUCUGUGUGUCUGUACUUGUGUGUGUGUGUAUGUGUGUAUAUGUGUGAGAGAGUUAAGACUGCAAGUUUAAAUCUAUACAUAGUGACAGUCACCUCUUUAGAGUGAAACACA